CCCUCCUACCGACCGACCGACGAAGAAAGACGAUGACACCAAGAAGCAGAAAUCGAUCUGUAGCUCAGGCCGCCGCCGAGAAAGAAAGACAAGAAGGUUCUUCUGAUAUGGAAUCAGAAGGAGUCGAGGCUACUCCGCCUCCACCAAAGCAACUGGCUUCCGUCUCACAAUCCAAAGGGUCCAAAGGGGUAAGCAAGUUUUCUUUAAAGUUGAAGAGAUCUUCUCAUACGAAGAAGAAAUUUAGGUCUGGAGGUGCUUCGUCUAAGAAGAAAAGGGAUAAGAAGAAGGAACAGGAAGUUGAAGAGGAUCAAGUAGUCUCUCCCUCUGACACCGAUUCCCAAUCCGAAGGGAUUCCUCAGAAAUCUCCUUCAAAAGCUCCUAGUUCAAAUUCUCCUUUAAAAAGACCACUGGCAGAUUCCCCCCAUGUUGAGGACUCCAAUAGAGAAAAGAAGAAGAAGAAGAAGAAGGAAAAUACCGCUAACAUAGCUCUAGGUGAGAAGCUUAUUACGAAAAAUGGAGAAUCUACUUUGAAAAAGCCUCUGUUUCAAAGGUUAUGGAGUGAGUCAGAUAUAUGUACACUACUGAAAGGAUUGGUUGAGUAUGCUGAAGAGAAAGGGAUUCAUCCUGUUUCGGCCGACAAGAAUGGUUUUCACAAUUAUAUCAAAGACUCACUUGAUAUAGAAGUUACCAUAAGUCAAAUGUUUGAAAAGAUAAGGAGAUUGAAGAAGAAAUAUGAGACAAAUCUUAUGAAAGGAAGGAAUGGAGUUGAUAAAAAAUUCUCAACAGCUCACGAUUUGGAAGUUUAUGAAUUGUCAGCAGGGGUUUGGGGGAAAGGUAAAAAUGUUGAGGUUAAUGCUAACAUAGGUUUGAAGAAUAUGGAGGAGACUGAUGAGAAUAAAGGAGAAGGUGGAGGCUUAAAGAUGAUGUUGAGGAGUGCUGUGAAGAAAGACAUGAAAAAGAUGAUGAAGAAAUUAACAGUGAAGGAGGUUGAACAUUUCCUUCAACAACUUGAUGUUGAACAUAAACGGGCAACUCUUGCGUUCCAAGUCCUAUUAAGCAACUCCCAGGCCACCAAGACCACCAAGAGAUAAGAUCCAUAAGGCUUUGCCCUACUACUAAUGUUUUUAGUGUUAAAAUGAUGGGGAAACACUUAUUAUCCAACUUUAUAAUAUGAUGUUCUUUUGAUUUUUGAGGAAAUAUUAUUACUGGCUACAUUAAACAAUUAGUGUUAUUAUCUUACUUUUUAAUGGCUCAUCUUUUAUGCUUUGCUUA